AUGUCCUCCGACAGGCCGGUCCACGGGCGUCAUCCCGGGCACCCGGUGCCAGAGCCGUCUGGACAGCAUCACGCGAGCCCGGUAAGCAAGAAGAAGGCGGAAGAGAUGCGCUUGAACGACAGACAUUACGCAAAGCUUUGUGUGAACCCAGCUCAGCACCACUCUUCCUCGGAUAAUGUCACCCGUUUUGACGGACCUCCACGCGUGCUCUGGCAAACAGAGAAGCAGAUUGAAAAGGAGCUGCCCGAUGUUGUCAACAGCAUGCGGAAAAAAUGGGUUGACUUGAACAAGGAUAUAGAGAUGAAGUAUAUGGACGAUGGGGAAGCCUUGGCGUUUGUCGAAGCCAAUUUCGAUAAGUCUGUACUUGAUGCGUUCAAGGGUUUUCCAUUGGGAGUGAUGAGGGCAGACUUUUGGAGGUAUUUGGUUGUCUACACUUAUGGUGGCGUGUACGCCGACGUUGAUGACGGCACGCCUGUGGCGCCGAAUGGGGACCGCGGCAUCCUCACCAUCACGUACGGGACAGGGAAGCUGUCCGGGGAGUACAUGAGGGACGAGGUCUGCCUAGGCGGCCCGUCACCCCUGCCAGGGCUGUGCACGCCCGUGGACUUCCUGGCAGCCACGCAGGAGCCGAGCGCCCGCGCCGGCCGGCGGGCGGCGGCCGCGGGCGCGCCCGCGGGGGCGCCGACCGCCGCCAUGUCGGGCAGCAAGGGGGCCGGCGGCGCGGGGAGCAAGCAGGCGACCGAUCUCCUGGACGCGGCCUUCGGCUCCGACGACGGCGAGGCGUCGAAGCGGGUGCCCCCCGAGCAGGCGGCCGCCCCCGCCCCGGCGCCGCGGCUGGCGAUGCCGUCGUGGGCGGCGAAGCUGGGGGAGAAGGCCAAGAAGCUCGGGGACGGCGCCAAGGAGGCCAUCGCCAACGAGGUGCGCCUCAUGGCCGAGGACGUGGGCGAGCUGAAGACGGGUAUGCAGGAGGGCGCCAAGGAGACCGCCAAGGACGCUAAGGCGCUGCAGGAGAAGCUGGCGCGGGAGGCUGCGGAGCUGAAGAGGGCCGCCGCCGAGAAGGCGAGGCUGCUGAAGGCGAAGGCCGAGGGCGAGCCCUCCGAGGCGGCCGCCGCCUCCCAGGAAGGCAGCGUCGACGCCUCUGGGGCCACGCAGGCGGGGCCUACCGCGGCGGACGAGGCCGCCAAGGCCGCCGAGAAGGUGCGGAAGACCGCGAACGACUGGUGGCGCAAGACUUCCAGCGGGCUGAGCAAGGGGUGGCAGCAGGCGUCGGAGGCGGCCGCCGGGCUCGCCGGCCAGCCCGCAGACGCCGCCCAAGCCCCAGCCGACGCCGGCGAUGCACCGAGCGGCCCAGCGCCCUUCAGCCCGCCGGCGCGCGGCGCCGCCGCCGCGCCGCCCGAGGCGGCGCCGACUGCGGCGCCCGCGGCGCCCGCGGCGGCGAGCGCCGACCUGCUCGGCGCCCCCGCGCCGCCUCAGGCGGCGCCGCGUAGCGCAGCGGCGCCCGCGGCGCCCGCGGCGGCGAGCGUCGACCUGCUCGGCGCCACCACGCCGCCGAGCGCCGCACCCGCGGCGGCCAGCGCCGAACUUCUCGGCGCCGCCGCGCCGCCGAGCGCUACUGUGCCCGAGGCGGCGCCGGACGCCGCGCCCGCGCCGCUGCUCGACCUGGCCGCGGCGCCGGCGCCCUCACCACCGCCGCCAGCUGCGGCGGCCGCUCCGCCAAAGGCCACGGCGGCCUCGGCGCAGCCGAAGAGCGCGCUGGAGUCCAUCGAGGCGGAGCUGGACGACAUCUUCGAUUCCCUCGGCGAGCCCGAGCCAGCGGCAGCGGCCGCGCCCGCGGCCGCGCCCGAGGCGGCGCCCGCCGCGGCCGCCAAGGGGGCGGCGGGGCAGAAGCCGGCGGCGUCGGCGGCGCCGCCGCCGAAGGUGACGGAGUCGUCGUUCGACGACCUGUGGGACUCCAUCAUGGACGAGGACGACAAGUAGUCUCUCCAUCAAGAGAGAAUCCACCAUGGGCGGCGCGCGCGCGCGUCGCCGGCGACCGACUGCCCCGCGGACGGCGCAUCUUCAGACCGGACCAGUUGGCCGCUGGCCAGCCGAGCGUCCUCCCGAGGUGCAGUGCGGGAGCA